CAGCACAGUCCACCACACAGUCCACAUCCCACAGUCCCAAGUCCCCAAGUCCCCAGUUUCCCACCGCAUACCACACACAGCCCAGCCAGAACUGGCUUUGCCCCAUAACCUACACACCCGCGACGCGACUUCUCCAUCGCGAUAAGCCUCUGCCGUGUCACUUCCCAUCUCCUGUAUAUUGAUUCCCAUCUCUUCAGAUGUUUGUGCAGACUUUUUUCACUAUCGCUGUCACUUGUCGCUGACGCUGUCUCCAGGAAGUAGCCAGAUGGGUUCGACCAUUGCCGCCCUCCCUCCCCGACAGUCAUGAGCUCCUGGACCAACGAGGCCGCUGUCGCAAACCACAAUGGCAACAACGGCUUCACACACCUCACCGACCCCACAACCAUCCCCAUCCCCGGAGCCAUGAUGGAUCCAUCCGGCUUCAUGGCCAAUCAGGGCCAAUUCAAUCCUCAGUAUGCCAAUCCCCAGCAGAUGGCCGCCAUGCAGAACGGCCAGCUUCGCAAUGCCUCGCCGUCUUUCCCCAACAACCCCAUGUACCAGACCAACUCGGUCGUCCCGACAAAACGUCCCCGCCCACGAGAGGACAGCAUGGGCCAGUCUCCGCGACAGGUCCCCGGCAUGCUCCCGACCUCGCGCGCUGAGACUCCGCAACAGUCUUCCUUCCCCGGCUUCCAGCAACCUCCGAUGCCUCAACAGGCCGGCCAGCCAUCGCAAUAUCCGCACCUGCAACCUAAUGGGUCUGCAAAUGCCACACCGUCGCCCAUCAUGGGUAGCCAGAUGCGCCCCGGCAGUGUCCCUCAGCGGGUCUCGACAACCUCUCCCCACCCCUUCUCUCCCGCUGCGCAGCAGUUCCCCCAGGCAUCGCCCAUCCCUUCCGACCAUGGCGGCACACCCCAACCGAACCCAUACAUGCCGCAGAACAAUUUUGCCCAGGGUUUCAAUCAGCAGUUCGCCCCAAACCAAUCCCAAUCCCGGCCCUCCCCAACGCCCAACGUUGCUGCCGGGCAGAUGAUGCCGCAACAGGUGGGCCAGUUCCCCCCACACAUGGCAGCACAGAUGGCAGGGCAACUUCCCCACCAGAUGUACUCUCAGCAGAUGCCGCAACCGCGAAAUGCUUUGGAGCAGCAGAAGUUGCUAUACCAGAUACAGCUCCAGCAACACCUGCAGCGGAGCAACGGGCAGAUGAUGAUCCCCCCCGAGGCUCGGGCUCAACAAGCUCAACUUUUAGCUCAGUCUCAGGCCAAGGCCCAAGCCCUAGCCGAGCUCUCUCACGACCAGGAGGCUCAAAAUCAGCUCCGGAUGAACCUCAUGAUGGCUGCCAGGCACGAAAGGGCCAAUGGACAGGUGCCGGCGAAUGCGAAUGCGACUGCGAAUCCUAUGGGCCCGCACCGGGGUGUCCCUCAGCAACAAGGCCAAGCCCGGGGACAGAGCCGCGAACAAUUUAUGAAGAAUCUGACCCAGUUCAUGAACUCGAAGCAACUGCCUCUCGACCCCAACCCCAAUGUUGACGGCGUAUCGGUUAACCUGAUGAACCUCUUCAUGGUCGUGUCUGGACUCGGCGGCUAUCACGGUACCUCGAAUGCGAACCAAUGGCCCCAAGUAUCUCAUACCCUUGGAUUCCAUCCGCAACGGGUCCCAACCGGACCGCUGCAGUUGAAGGCCAUGUACGAGCGCAACCUCUUGGAGUUUGAGAUGGCUAUAGGUCAGCAGAACAGACAAAGGGCGCAGCAGCAGGGCAUGGCCAGAAUGGCCCGCAUGCAGCAGGUUGCUUCCGUGGCCAACGGCGGCGCCUCUUCUCCCAUGAUGAUGCAGCCGGGCCAGAUGAUGCAGCCGGGACAGCAGCCGCACCUCCAGCAGGCCCAGGCGCAGACUCCAACCAAGCCAUCCGUCCCCCGGUCACCCGCCGUCAACGGGUUCCCCGAGACUCAGCAGCACCAACUCCAGCAGCAAGGCGCCAUCGCCCCGGGCCACUCACGCAACAGCCUGUCGAGGAGCGUCCAAGCUACCCCAACGGGGGAGGAAUUUGCCGCUGCGUCUCCCGUUCAAGGCAAGACUGGCAGCGCGUCGUUGGCCGGAGCAACACACCCCGACGGCGCUGCUGAGACGGCCACGUUACGAUUCCCGGCGCCUUUCAAUUCCGAACCCGGAGAGUACUUCCCUUGUUCGCGCGAGAUCGUGACACAUGGUGGUGUCGACAUUCAGACGCUCAGCAAGCUGGGCGCCGAGUUGGAGAAGGUCAAGCCAGACGUUCCACACCCUGCCGAGAUGGGAAGAAUGGAUAUACACGCGCUUACCAAGAGCAUCCAAAGCGGAAUACAUGGGGAGGUCAGACUUGCCCUCGACUUCUUGACCCGGCUGAGCAUGGCCGGGCAACCGAAUAAUUGGCUGGAUCUCCGGCACUGUGAUGACCUGGUUGAGACCCUGAUAGAGUGCGCCGAGGACCAGGUCGAAAUACUCGUGGAAGACAAUCCCGAAGUCUCGGACGAAAUCCUGAUCAACUCGUAUGAGGAGGUUGUGCGUUCGUGCCGACUGGAGAAGAUGGCGGUUCGCAACGUUCCCGUCUUUGGCUCCGAGGACUACAACCUCGACCGAGCUGUCGACCGGUUGAUAUGCAUUACCACCAUCAUCCGCAACCAGACCUUCAACCCGGACAACCAGAAGUUGCUGGCCGACGAAACAGUCAUCAACUUCCUCUGCGUCGUAAUUAGAUAUCUCGGCACACGCAACAUGCUUCUGCGGACUCAUGAGAAUACCCUAGACUUCAUGAAGGAUGUGAUCAUCAUCCUGUCGAACGUGGCUACCGAGAUAGAGAUUCCUGAGAAGGAGCAGGCGUUAUGUCUCCUCCAGUUCUUGUUGGCAUUUGCCCCGUCUCCGGGGCCGUCGAUAUCCAACGACAGGCUUUUCUUCACUCCCUACGACCCGGCCCUGCAUCCCUACCUCCCCCCUGCGGUCGACUCCCUCGCGAAGCUGCUCGCUCGCGACGAACCGAACCGGACACACUAUAAAGCAAUCCUGACCACCGACGCGUCAGCGACUUCGACCAUACCGCACGAAUUGCUCACGCGGACAUUUGCUCUGGCCACAUCCGUCAUCCCAGACCACAGUCGCGACAAGCGUUCCGACAAUCUGCCCACACUGGUCGAGGCUCGCAAGGCUAUCCUCAUGCAGGGACUCUUGUCCGCCGAUAUCCUGGCUUCCCUCGCGCCCGGUUACGAAAGCGGCGUCACCCGCGCGUGGCUCACGUCGGGCAAUGGCUUCCCGCCCAACCUGUUCUGGCACAUCCGCAACCUCAGCAUGCACUUCGACACGCAGCGGCCGCGGGUUAGGGCCAUGGCAGGCCAGCAGCAGCCCAAAAAGGAUACCGAGCUCGUCUACAUUGUCGGUCUUGCCGUGAGCAUGCUCAAGAAGCUGUGCGAGAAGGCGCGCGACCCCAACGACCCGGCUGGCGAGAACAGCAUCCCGCCUAACGUCCUACCAAGCAGGGAGAGUGUCUUUGGCGCCCUGCAGAUGACGGCCCCUGAGUGGACGGAGCAGGGCAUGCUUGGUGAUUUGGUGGCUUAUGCUGCCCUCGAGAAUUGAGCUCGCUCCUGAUGGCGCUCUUGUUUAUCUGACUGUCGACUGACCGGGGCUUCUUCUCCCCCGGUGCUUAAUAUUGGAAGUUAGAUACAUAUGACGGGGCUUGAAUUUUAUGGCCCUAUGGAUCCGCAUUGGAAAAUGCGAGGCGCAGGGAAGGCGGGCGAUAACGAUAUGUUCUUGCCCGACCUGAGCAAAAUGGAUAUGGACUGGACUGGAAUGAAAUGGAAUGGAAUGGCGCGAGGUUGUUGGUCACGUUUACCGGCUACAUAGCAUGCAACCGUACAGGCGCUGGGGGAAGGUCUUAGCUUUGCCUGCGAUUCAUUGUCAUUAUUACUGUUUCUACAACGCGGUAUUACAAACUUUUGAGGCGUCCCAAGAUCUUUCCAUAUGAGACAUUGCCC